AUGAUAACAGACCAGAUAGCACGUGUCCUCAGCCAGCACUGGCCUUCCAUCCUAGUCACCGUCGUCGUCGCCUGGCUGGUGAGGAACAGGUACCACAAUGGGUUGAACAAGUAUCCAGGGCCGUUCCUGGCCUCCUUGACGGACUGGUGGAGGUUCUUUGAUGUGUACGGGCGCCGGCCGGAGAGGUCGCACAUUGCGCUCCAUAAGAAAUACGGCCCGGUCGUCCGUCUCGGACCAAACGCUCUGUCGUUUUCCGACCCAGAGGCGCUCAAGACGAUUUACGGUCUCAACAAGGGCUUCAUCAAGUCCGACUUCUAUGUCGUCCAGCAGUCGGUGGUCAAAGGCCACAGCCUGCCGUCGCUCUUUAGCACCACCGAUAAUGACUUCCACAUGCAGUUCCGCCGCUGCGUCAACUCGGCCUUUGCCAUGUCCGCCCUGGUGCAGUACGAGCCGUUUGUUGACAACACGACCAAGCUGUUCCUCAAGCAGACCGAGCGCUUGUACAUCGACAAGUCGGAGCCCUGCGACUUUACCCGCUGGCUGCAGUUUUACGCUUUCGAUGUCAUUGGCGAGAUCACGUAUAGCAAACGGCACGGCUUCAUUGAGAGGAACGAAGAUGUCGACGGCAUCGUGGCCUAUCUGACCAAACUGUUCCUCUACGUGGCCCCCGUUGGCCAAAUCCCUAUCCUGGACCGCUUCUUCCUCAAGAACCCCAUCUACCUCAAGCUUUCCGAAUGGGGCAUCCUCGACGCCACCUUCCCCGUGGCCAAGUUCGCCCGCGCCCGCAUGGCCGAACGGCUGCCCGAGCUCGAAAAGGGCGAGCCCGUCCUGCCCACUUCGGAGAAGCCGACGGUCAAGUCGCCGGACCUCCUCUCCAAGUUCCUGGCCGCGCGCGAGGCCCGUCCGGACUUCAUGACGGACACGCUGGUGCAGACCAUGGCGGUGAGCAUGGCGUUUGCCGGCUCCGAGACGACGGCCAUCUCGCUCUCGGCCGUCUUCUACUUCCUCCUCAAGAACCCGCCCGCGCUGGAGCGCCUGCGCCGCGAGAUCGACGACGCCGCCCGCGAGGGCCGCUUCAGCGACUACGAGACCGGCCUCGUCACCUGGCAGGAGAGCCAGACCCUGCCCUACCUCGACAUGUGCAUCAAGGAGGCCUUCCGGCUGCACCCCGCCCCGGGCCUGCCCAUGGAGCGCGUCGUGCCCCCCGGCGGCAUCGAGAUCGCCGGCCGGAGGAUCGAGGGCGGCACCAUCGUCGGCUGCUCCGCCUGGGUCAUCCACCGGGACCCGGCCAUCUUCGGCGACGACGUGGACGCGUACCGGCCCGAGCGGUGGGAGGUCAAGGGGGAAGGCGACGAGGCCAGGGUCAAGGUCAUGAACGGGACCAUGCUGCAGUUCGGCAUGGGCAGCCGCACGUGCAUCGGGAAGAACAUUAGCCUGUUGGAGAUUUACAAGCUGGUCCCGACCAUGUUGCGACGCUUUGAGAUUCGCUUCGACGAUCCCAACUCGGAGUGGGAGAUUGUCAAUGCCUGGUUUGUCAAGCAGAAAAACUUCAUCACGCGGUUCAGCCUGCGGGAUAUCGUCAUGCCCGAGAAGGGGGUCAAGGCUGCGGAGAAGUAGGAGCUUUGUUGCAAGCAUUGAGCGCCUUGUUGGGUUCUGGCUUAGAUGGCGUUGGUGUCGGUGACCUGAUAAUUGCUGUUUCCCGAGUAAUCGUAUUUCUUGUGCUGUUG